AUGGCACGGCGGGUGCAGUCCUGCCCGGGCCUGCCGGGGCUCCUGCAACCCGGUCGGGCCUGGGGUCUGCGUCUUCCCACCCGCCCCUCGGUGCCCAGCGUGGGAGCUGAGUCCUGGGGCCGACAGGGCACCCACCUGGAGACGUGGCAGCAGGACUGGAAGGGUGGCCGGGGUGAGGCUGCCCCAGGGGGACUCGGCGGCUCCUUGAAGCCCAGGGGGAGGGACCUGGCCCAGCUCCGGGCCUGUGAGGGGGCCGCCCAUCCCUCUGGUGGGGCUCCAGGCAGGCCUGAGGAGGAGGAGGCCAGGGCCUGGCAGCGGAGGAGGGCUGUGGAGGGGAGGGACCCGGGAGGGCAGCUGCAGGGAGCACCAGCUGGGACCUUCACUCCUGGGCAAGCUGGGAGGACUUCUGAGCUGGUGUCUGGCCGGCAGCUGCAGUCUGAGGACCCAGAUGCAGAAACGGAAGAGGACCCCUCUGUGACCGAAGGGCCGGUGGACGAGAUCGUCCGGCCGAGGCCACAGGGGUCCUCGCCGGUCUACGAAUGCACUGCUGAGGGUGCCGGCUUCGGACUCCCGGGGGAGGACACAAGGAGAAGGCGGGCUUCCUCGGGCUCGGGGGGUCGGAGGUCCUGGUGGAAGCGAGACUCGGGAGACGCUCGAACGUUUUCCAGGAUGAGUCGUCGGCAGUCCGUGCAAGAGGCGACAGAGGUGACGCUGAGGACAGACGUGGAGGCCGGAGCCAGUGGCUACAGCGUCACAGGGGGCGGGGACCGAGGGAUUUUCGUCAAGCAAGUGCUGAAGGAUUCCUCUGCCGCCAAGCUCUUCAGCCUAAGAGAAGGUGAUCAGCUGCUCAGUGCAACCAUAUUCUUUGACAACAUUAAAUAUGAAGACGCUCUCAAAAUUCUUCAGUACUCAGAGCCUUACAAGGUUCAAUUCCAAGUCAGACGGAAACGUCCUGCCGCAGGGGAUGAGGAAGGGGUCUCCGGUGGCGCUCAGCACGGCCACAAGGACAGUGAGACGCAGGUGAGGCUGGGCCCCACCGACCGCCCUGCUCCCGGGGCCGAGGACAAAGAUGUCGCCGAUGGGUGCACAGAGACCCCCACGAAGACUGUGGAAGGAAGUGGAGACAAGGAGAGACUGAUCUCCAAGCCCAGGGAGGGCAGGGGCAGGCCGUCCCAAAACGAGAGGCUCUCCUGGCCCAAAUUCCAGUCAAUAAAGACCAAGCCCAGGUCAGGGCCGCGGAGGUCACACAGCUCUUCAGAGGCCUGUGAGCAAGGACACCCACCUGACAUGUCCCCCACGAGCACAGACACAGAGGCCCAGCUCCCAACAGAGGAGCAGGAGCAGAAGGCAGGACCGGACGGCCAGCGGAGGAGAAGGUUCCUGAACCUGCGAUUCAGAGUGGGCUCAGGGAAGGGUCCAACACCGGGGGCGAGGCCGAGCACAGAGGUCCAGUCCGGGGUCCUAGAGGAGGCAGCAUCCUGGGAUGACGGCCAAGAGGGCGCCAAGGCCAGCACAGACAGGACGGUGGAGGGACCAGAGGGGACAUCAGCUCUCACUGCCCAGCAACCCGUGGAGCCAGGCCGCCCCAGCGAGGGAGCCUUGGGGGACGGGGCCAGCGUGGCACCCAGGCGCCGAAGAAAGACAAAGGAAGUGAAGGACCAGGUCGACUCUGUGUCAGACGGGAAACCCAGGAUGGACUCAGGCCCAAAGCCAGGCGGAGACGGCCACAGAGAAGCAGUCCAGGGCACAGAAACUGGGAUUGCCACAUCGGCUCUGCAAGGCAAAGUGGACACACAGGGCCGCCAGCCGGAGUUCCAAAUCCAAAUACCCGAUGUCAAAACGCCCAGCUUUGAAUUCUGCGAAGAAACAAUGCCAGACAGAGAAGCGGGCACAGCAGCACGACUGCAGGGACCCAGACACGGAGGUCCUACAGAAGAGGCCACGGGCACGAAAGAGCAGCCUGACCACAGACCGGGGCCACAGGUGGCCGGAAAGCCUGCAGGGCCCCUGACAGAACGGGAGGAAGGAGGAGGAGAGGGAGCUGAGGCAGGGCACGGAGAGGCACACGCCGAAGACGGGGACACACACGCACAGGGCAGGCAGGAGAGAAAAACUAGGUUCAAAUUCAAAACACCCUCAUUCGGAUGGUCUCCAGGAAAGGACAUAAAAUCAGGUCAGGAACAGGACAGAGAAAUAGAGAGCACGCUCACGACUCUGACCGCACAGACAGGUGCCAGAGUCAAACAGUCAGAGCGGGAAAAAACAAAAUCAGACACGCCCGAGCUAGACUCAGGAGCCACAGAGGCAGAAAGACAAGGUGUUCAGACAACUCAAGCCGAUUUUACUCUGGGAGAAAGGGAGGUGGCCGCCAGAGACAGCAAGUUCAAAAUGCCCAAGUUCAAGAUGCCAUCUUUCGGUGCCUCGGCGCCAAGCAAGUCCUUGGAGGCCGCGGUGGACACGUCCCUGCCCAAAAUCCAGGCGAAAGUGUCCCUGCCCUCCAUGGAAGCUGACGUCAAGACCAGGGAUGUGACCGUUGAGCUGCCAUCUGGUGACUUAGAACUCAAGACAUCCAUGGUGGGGGAGAAGGUUCCAGAAGGCCCAAUACCUGUAGUGGAGCUCCAUGAACCCUUGGUAGGAACCGGAGUCAAAGGGCACCUGCCCGAGGUGCAAAUGCCCAGCAUGAAGAUGCCGAAAGUGGACUUUAAGGCACCCCAGGUGGACAUCAAGGGGACGAAGAUGGACAUCAAGGGGCCCAAAGUGGACCUGAAGGGCACCAAAGGGGGGGUGAGCAUGCCAGACGUGGAUGUGAUGCUGCCGAGCGCAGAUGUGGACGUCCAGGCACCCACCGCCAAGUUGGAGGGUUAUGUUACCCUGGGAGACAAGGAGGUGGCCGCUAGAGACAGCAAGUUCAAAAUGCCCAAGUUCAAGAUGCCAUCCUUCGGUGCCUCGGCGCCAAGCAAGUCCUUGGAGGCCGCGGUGGAUGUGUCCGUGCCCAAGAUCCAGGCGGAAGCGUCCCUGCCUUCCAUGGAAGCUGAGGUCAACACCAGUGAUGUUACCAUUGAGCUGCCAUCUGCUGACCUAGAACUCAAGACUUCCACGGUGGGCCAGAAGCUCCCUGAUGUUCAGGUGCCCGAGCGAGAGCUCCAGGAGCCCUCAGCAGGAGCCGGGUUCAAAGGGCACCUGCCCAAGGUGCACAUGCCCAGCAUCAAGAUGCCCAAAGUGGACAUCAAAGCCCCCCAGGUGGAGAUCAAGGGGCCCAAGGUGGACAUCAAAGGACCCAAAGGGGAGGUGAGCACCCCUGACAUGGAUGUGACCCUGCCCAGUGUGGAGAUGGACGUCGAGGCACCCAACGCCAAGUUGGAGGGUGACGUUACCCUGGGAGACAAGGAGGUGACCGCUAGAGACAGCAAGUUCAAAAUGCCCAAGUUCAAGAUGCCUUCGUUCGGUGCCUCGGCGCCAAGCAAGUCCUUGGAGGCCGCGGUGGACGUGUCCCUGCCCAAGAUCCAGGCGGAAGCGUCCCUGCCCUCCAUGGAAGCUGAGGUCAAGACCAGGGAUGUGACCGUUGAGCUGCCAUCUGCCGACCUAGAGGUCAAGACUGCCAUGGUGGGCAUGAAGCUUCCAGAAGGCCAAAUCCCUGAAGGGGAGCUCCAGGAACCUUUGGCAGGAGCCGGAGUCAAAGGACACCUGCCCAAGGUGCACAUGCCCAGCAUGAAGAUGCCCAAAGUGGACUUUAAGGCACCCCAAGUGGACAUCAAGGGGCCCAAGUUCGACAUGAAGGCCCCCCAGGUGGACAUCAAAGGGCCCAAGGUGGACCUGAAGGGCCUAAAAGGGGAGGUGAGUGUGCCCGACGUGGAUGUGACACUGCCCAGCGCAGACGUGGACGUCCAGGCACCCACGGCCAAGUUGGAGGGUGACGUUACCCUGGGAGACAAGGAGGUGACCGCUAGAGACAGCAAGUUCAAAAUGCCCAAGUUCAAGAUGCCGUCCUUCGGUGCCUCAGCGCCAAACAAGUCCUUGGAGGCUGCGGUGGACGUGUCCCUGCCCAAGAUCCAGGCGGAAGUGUCCCUGCCCUCCAUGGAAGCUGAGGUCAAGUCCAGUGAUGUUUCCGUUGAGCUGCCAUAUGCUGACCAAGAACUCAAGACUGCCAUCGUAGCCGACAAGCUCCCGGAGAUCGAAAUGCCCAAGGGGGAGCCCCAGGAACCCUCGGCAGGAGCCGGACUGAAAGCGCACGUGCCCAAGGUGCACAUGCCCAGCGUGAAGAUGCCCAAAGUGGACUUUAAGGCGCCCCAGGUGGACAUCAAGGGCCCUACAUUGGACGUGAAGACCGCCAGAGGGGAGUUGAGCGCCCCCGACAUGGAUGUGACCCUGCCCAGCGUGGACGUGGACGCCCGGUCUCCCAGGACUAAGUCAGAUGUGGAAAUGUCCUCUCGGAACCUGGAACUGUUUUCUAAAGGAAGCAAGUUGAAGGUUCCUAAAAUCAACAUUUCUUCUUCUGGUCUCCCCAGUAGUAAGUCCUCUCUGGUCUCUCCACCUGUUGAGGGAAUUGCCAAAGAUGUUGACCUCAGUCCUUCUCCUGGCCCCAUGCAUCCCGUCGUACGUGCUCGUGAUGAGGAUGCCGUCACAGUCAAAGGUGACGUAGGUCUCUCAAUUGGGAAAGAUGGAAGUCGAAGCAAAAGCAAAAAAUCCCAUUUUAAACUCCCCAAAGUCUUUUCUCCACCUGGGAAAACCCCUAAAGUGUUCUUAGCUUUUGGAGGAGAUGUUGCCAUGCGUUCGCCUCCGAUCGAGUCUGCGCAUGGCGGGUCCCCGGGGCUGUCCAGUACUUCUGAAACUUCCCUGCCGGAGUCCCGGCCCGGCUGGCUCAGUGGUCCCCGUGGGGAUUCCUCUAGCCUCAUUCUGGGUGAGGACGUCACACUUACAAAGUACCAGGUGACCAUCCCCCGUGACCCCGCGUCCCCCGAGCUGCCCUGUGUAGGCCUGUCUGGGUCCCAGGCGGAGUCUCAGUUGCCCAGCGUGGCCGGUGCCGUGGACUCCCCAUCCAGCGAGAAUAUUCUGCUGUCCCGGCCUGACGGCCACAGUGGCCCAGUGCACACUGUAUUUCCUGAAUCUUAUGGCCGCGUGACUUUUCCUAAAUUUCAUCGACCAAAGUUCCAACUGUCAUCCCCCCAAUCAGCAGCUGGCAUGGCGGAGCCCGGAGCUGCAGAGGGUGUCCCCGCCCUGUCCCCUCCCCUCCCUGAGUGGGGACCGCACUCCUCGGCCAGGGAAGCCACGGGGUUCCCCUUGCCAGGCAGUCAGUUGCCAUCUGCAGGAGUCUCUGUGUCCACGGUGGCAGAGGGACAUGUGGGCACCGCGGGGACAUCAGCAGUGGCUGGAGGGGAAGCCCCAGCCGGAGACGCGGAGCCUGAGGGGAGGGGUGGUCCUGUGAGAGCACCAAGAGUCAAGCUUCCCUCUUUCCGCUGGUCCCCCAAAAAGGGGGCGGAGUCCAAAGCAGCCCCUGGAGCCGCCCCGCCACCGGGGGUUUCCCUGCCACCAGCAGCAGCAGGUGAGGAUGUGAGUCUUGGGCAGGAGGGAGAGAAGGGGGUGGUCAGAGCACCCGCCCUCGCCCUACUGAAGGUCUCACCUCCCACAAUGACGGCUUCCACAGGAGGGGCCGGCGGAAGUGGCGGGGGCGGGGGUGCAGGUGCAGCAGCUGGGCCCCCAGAAGGAGCGGACGUGACCCUCCACCCCACACAGGCCCACGCUCCCGGUGCCGGCUUCGUCGAAGAUGCGCUCGGACCCGCCGAGGCCCCGCCGGAGGCGAGCCUGUCCACCCGUGGCCCGUCCCUCGGAGACAGUAGCAGAGAGCACGGUCUCGGGGACAGCUCGCAAAGCCAGCUUUGUGGGGAGGUGAUGGCCCCCUCAACAGAGGUCCCCCUGCAGCCGUCCCGGACAACCCCAGAUGCCGCCUCCCCCACGGAGGGGAGCCCAGCGCGGGAGGCGCCAGCGGGAGUCACCCCGGCCGGCCCCAGGGAGAGCUGGUUUAGAAUGCCCGCGCUGCGUCUGCCCAGCUUCAGGCGCCCCUCCAAGGAGAUGCCUGGGUCUGCAGGGCUGGGGGCUCAGGGGCCCGCGCCUGCCACCAGUGCGCCAGGGGAGGGACAGGCACCGACCGCAGUCCGGAGUCAGGGUGUCCCUGUUCCUGAGUCCGAGGAGGAGACGACUAAGUGCCCGCAGCCCCUGGAGGCCGGUGCCGACGUGGGAGCCACUGGCAUCGAAGCUUCUCACACGGACGUUCCGCAGAGGAAUCUAGACCCUCAGGCCCCUGCUGCCGGCACGUCCACUCCCGAGGUCAGGGUCCGGCCAGGCGCAGGCUCCCUGCCCCUCCGGGUGUGCGGGACACUCGCAGAGCCCCACGGGCCUCCAGGAGAAGCAGGCCAGCGCCCCCUUGCUGGGACAGCAGCAGCGCAGGGCCCGGCCGGGGGCCCUGAGGAGCCGCCUCCCCAGCCCGAAGGCCCCCUCAGACUGAGGGCCUCCAGUACCGACGUGCCGUCCCAGGGUUUCGUGGUCAACGUGGGUCAAGUCUGGGAGGACUCUGUGCUCACUGUCCAGUUCCCCAAGUUAAAGGUUCCGAGGUUCAGCUUCCCAGCCCCCAGCGCGGAGGCUGACGUUUUCGUGCCCCGUGUCAGAGAGCUGCCGUCCCCACGGAGCCAUCCUGACACUGCCCUGCUCGGGCAAAGCCCCGGCGCCCGGGACGCCGGCGUCCUGAAGGCGCCCGAGGCCGGCUCCUCAGAAGCCGCCCCCAUCUGUAAGGUCAGGGUGCACAUUCAGAGCGCGGAGGCCGAGAGCAGGCAGGUCACCGUACAAAGCACGGUGACAGCCGUGUACACGGAGCUCUCGGAGCCCCGGGCUCUUCCUGCCCGGAUCGUGCGGGAGUCAGAGGUCCCUGCGUCAGAGGCCCAAACGCCUUCCUACGGGUUCUCCUUACUAAAGGGGAGGGUCCCUGAGCCCACCGCUCGGUCGCAGGCACACGCGGUGACUGCGGACCCUGGGCCAGGAGGGCGCCUUCACCAGCCAGCCCCAGGAGCAGGACCUGUUUCUGGAGACCCGCAGCCCGACACCGGAGAGCCCUUUGAAAUUCUCUCUCCCGAUGGAGACGUGCCGGGAACGCCAGCCUGCUCUUCUGACCUCCAUUCUGGCCAUGGGCCUGCAGACAGCUGUUCUGACGAGGAGCCCGCGGAAAUUCUCGAGUUCCCGCCGGAAGAGGGCCGGGAGGCGGCGGCUGCCCUGGCAGAGGAGGACGGGGCCCCCAGAGCCAAAGCAGAAGGUAAAAGGUCCUCCGGCCUGUUCCGGUUUUGGCUCCCCAGCAUCGGGUUUUCUUCCUCUGUUGCCGAGGCCAGCACUGACCCCCAGGCCGAAGCCCCGACACCCGCUCCGGUCCAGACGCAGCCCGAGGCGCGGCCGCCGUACCCGCAGGAGAGAGCGGGCUGGUUUCGAUUGCCCAGGUUGGGCUUCUCCUCGUCUCCCGCCAAGAAAAGCAAGAGCGCGGAGGCGGAGGCGGGUCCGGCCGAGCAGCACCUCCAGGAAGAGGCAGGCACCUUCUUUGACGCCCGAGAAAGCUUCUCCCCCGAGGAGCAGGAAGAGGGAGGGUCGGCGGAGGCCGCGGGCUCCGGGGCGAUGGUGGCCUCCGCGGCGAGAACCGAGCUGAUCCUGCCGGAGGGGGACGGAGCCGCCAGCCGGGCCCCGGAGCCCAGGCCCGGCAGCGAAUGAGGGCCGGGCAGGGGAGACCCUUCCCCGGAGGACGGGCGCCCAAACGAAAUCCCGAGGCAGAGGCCCCGCCGCGUACGGUGCUCCCGUCCCGCGGCCCCACGGGACUGAGGCGCAAGGCGGCGGUGCCCGGACGGACGUGGCCCUCCGGGGCGGGAGCCCUGUGGGGACCUCCGGGGUAGGGGGGCCGCGGAGGGUGUAGAAGUAGUUUCGCUGUCCUGUGGCCCCUGUCUGGUCCUGCCCCGUCUCAGGUGGAGUCUGGCGCCUUCCAGGAAGCCCCCCCCCCCACCUGCUUGCCUGUCACGAGCUCACUCCCGGCCUCACCCAGGCGAGCUUGGGGACGACACGCGACACACGCACGCGGGGCGGAGGGAGGUGGCUGCGGGCGGGUGAGCCAGCCGAGGGGGCACCCGUCCGUGCCUGCACGGCCCCGCGCGGUCCCCGAGCCCCUUCGCGCACACGCUGCCACCAGGCCUCCCGCGGAAGCUCCCUGGCUGUCCCCAGAUGGGCAAUAAAGGACGGGAUGCACCCACA